AUGACCACAUUUAUGGCAAUUGUUGUGAUUGUUAGCCAUAGAAAGUUAACAUAUAAGGGACCGUACUGGACAAAUUGUUUUUUCGCUUUUGACUUUGCGAAACUUGACUUGAGCUUCCGCGUUACUAUGACUUUGACGCACAGGACUUGUAUCCACCCGGGCUUCCCGCUUCCGAUAAACGUCACGAGCGCUUCCGUGCGCAGAUUGCAAGAAGUUGACAAUACCCCCGUCACCUACCGAGGACGACCGUGGCAGACGCCAUCCGCCACGCCCUAUGGUGCUGGUCCAUCCGAGACACCGCUACGCACGCCACGCGGGGAGCCAGUGACGAAACGCCCGCGGUAUGAUAUCGACUCAAGUCUAGACGACUUCCAGGCGCGGUAUACCUCGGAAGACAACGCUAGCUUUACACAGAAUAUGGAUGAGGAGAAUCGGAAGCACAAGGAGAGGUAG